AUGGGUGUUUCACAAAGAGUUUUCACCGUCGGAGCUGUUAACGGUGGUAGUGGAGGAGAACCAGCGACUGUGCAAGCUCAUCUACUCCCCGAUAUUGCGACCAAUGCGACACCCAACGCGCAACCACCAAAAACCUCCCGUACGCUAGCCUCUAGCUCUAAUGGUUCUGUCAUCGUCAUCGUCAUUACCUCACCACCCACUCUCCUCAGGCGCCAUGAGCACUACGUAUCCCACAACGGCGAUGCGCCUGCUCAAUCCCCAAAAUUUAUUUCUUGUCGACUGGCAUGCGGCGCAUUGGCGCAACGACCCGAUCCAUCAGACAGCAUUAUGACCACAAGGCAGCGCCUGAGUCUCCUGGACUUGGAUGUGGACCACGACGAAGAGCUGCCUGGCUACGAAGAGUCAACAGCACCAGCCUACGACAGCGGCACCUUUGAUGAACCCAUCCUUACCUACCACCUUCGCCAAUACGAUCGCAAGAUACAAAUCCUGGUCGCGUAUGGACCAUGCUCGUCGACUUCGUAUCGCAUCACGACGAAUGGGUUUCGUCUCUUCACGAAGAAGCCGGAUAUGGAGGUACUCUAUACAUCACAUGAGAUGCGCCAGCGCAGACUAGCGAGUAUGAAUUUUGACGACGACGGGCCACUGCCAUGGCGACCCAGGGCACACUUUGACCAUGUCGCAUCAAAUGGGACGCGCAGGACGUACAAUAUGGAGUCUCCCAACUUUGCAGAUUGGACCUAUGCUAUCGAGAACCGGAACUAUACAUGGGCGCUCAAUGUGGCACCAGUGUCGCUCGUCCUUACCGAGGUGGGCUCGACGGUGGUUAUUGCACGCUUCAUCUACUCAGCCAAGGGGACGUCAGCGAUGCGGGGUGGUGAAGUGGGCGAGCUAUGGAUUUACCGCGAUACGUUGAUCAUGGAACAAGAUGGGCUUGAUAAAGCGGUUUGUGGGCUCAUGGUGAGCUUGCAUCAUCUCAAGAAGAUGGGACGCCACUACUCGAACAAGACGGCCGAGCAGGGCAGGAGAGGUUCUGUGACAAGGGCCAUGCGGUCGCUUGAGGGUUCGUAG